GAUGGAGUGUCCAGAGAAUAAAAUCCUGACUGUGGAGUAUGCCUGCGUCAGAACCGGGGGGAAGAACGGCACCUGUUUCAGGAGGAAGUGCUGCGAUGGAUUCAGGUUUGUGAUGGGCCAGUGCAUACCUGAAAGUGUGGACGUGUGUGCGGCGUCGCCCUGUGAGCAGCAGUGCACUGAYAACUUCGGGCGGGUCGUYUGCACGUGUUACCCCGGCUAUCGCUUUGACCGGGAAAGACACCGCACCCACAAAUCCCCCUACUGCCUGGAUAUYGAUGAGUGUGAGGACGCCAGCAGCAGUUUGUGUGAUCAUGAGUGUGUGAACACGGCAGGCAGCUUUCAGUGUCGCUGUCGCAGUGGUUACGUACUCGCACCGGACCUGAUGUCCUGCAUCCCCGUACACACCUUGAGUUCAUCGGGGAAGUCAGACACCUUGAUGAGUGCUGGUUCCUGCUCCUUCACCUGUCAGGAUUUCAUCAACAUGAAAAACAAUCUGCUUCAGUUAAAACUGCAGCUGGGAAACACGCCGUCGUCCAACCAGGUUUCCGGUCUGGCAAACAGCAGCGACAAACCGUCUCAGGGACGAGGAGGGAAAAGCCCCGAUGGUCCUUGUCUUCCUGGUUUACCUGGCCCUCCAGGAGCUCCAGGUGCCCCAGGACACCCAGGAGAACCAGGAAACCCAGGAGAGCCUGGGGAGAGGGGCGGGCCUGGUCCACGGGGAGACAUGGGACCCAUCGGUCCAGAACCUGACCUGAGCCAUAUAAAGAGGGGCCGCAGAGGGCCAGUGGGACCACCAGGGGCACCAGGAAGAGACGGAUCAAAGGGUGAGAGAGGAGCUCCUGGUCCCAGAGGUCCACCUGGACCACCCGGCUCCUUUGACUUCCUGCUGCUCAUGAUGGCCGACAUCCGCAAUGACAUCAUCGAGCUCCAGGAGAAGGUGUUUGGCGAGCGGCGUGACCUCUCUCUGGAUAGCCCUCCUCAGACCAGCGGGGAGGAGGACUUCGUGGAGUGGGGCUCUGGACGAGAAGACCUCAAGUUCAACACCUGACCCAUUCACAAAACGGCCGGGACGAUCUCUGGUUGGAAACCGGAGAAACAAAACACCAAACCUGGAGAUCAAAGCACCAACACGUUCAUAAUCACUCUUCUCUCGGCUGUGGUGAAAGAAGCAAUGCGCGUUGGAUAAACACUGACAAGCGUAACACUGAGAGAACAGUCUCAUCUCUAAACACUUACAGACACACGUGUGGAUGUGACAGAGCUGUGUGUGCAGGACACGGAGUGACACGCAGCUAUUUGAACUCUUUCAGAUGAGGAAUUUUAUCGUCUACUUCUCUUCCUCUUCCUGACCUCGUUCAUGGAAGCUCAGCUGAGGCAGUGAUGGAUCGUUUUUCAACAUAUUUGUACAUUUUUUUAAAGAAAGACUCAGAACGGUCUGUCUUUUUCAGCACCUGUGUGUGGAGAAGAUACCUGAGCUGUGAAGUUGAUGUACAGGUAUUGAGGUAAAAUACAAACAAUUCAAGAGACUCACGAGCCRUGUGAUGCUGAAGCUGCACAACAUGAUUACUCAGCUUCACUUAUGAUAUUCAACAUGUAGAAGCUGCAGGGAUGUGCUGUGUUGAGGUCAUGAAUCAUUGCUGUAAUUGAAUACAGAGAAUUAUAGUAGCGUUACAUAUGACUGUACACAAUAAAACCAUCAUAAUGAAAACAAAGUAA